AGAGAGAGAGAGAGAGAGAGGAGAGGAGAGGAGAGGAGAUGAUGGCUGAGGGAGAGGAGGAGAGGCUUUUAUUCAGACCUGCAGCAGCGCGCACAUCUCAGAGCUGAUCAGUCACAGGAUGCUUUAAAAGUACCUCAGUGGAUUAACCCUUCUCUACGCGCCGGGUGGAUUCUACUACUUGCCAUUUUUUUAAAUUCUUGAAUCUUUUGGACAUCUGGAAACCCGAGAGGUUUAGAUUUUACGCACACGUGCCGAGAGCUCCCCGCGACCCGCUGGAUGUCCGGAAUAAAACACCUUGCAGAUCUUUUCAGGGGCCACGAGACGCGCGAGCUUGAUGGAUCUACAAACCAAAUAGGUUUCCCACCGAGUGGAAUCUUUUUCUGGACAACGCCAUGGCUUUGCCAAACUCACCGGCGGGCGCUCCCGGAGCUGGGAAGCCCAACCCCGGCGUCAUAGACCUGGGGACGAUCUUUGUUGACACCGACAUCAUAUUUGGGUUUACGAGUCACCUGCUGAAGAGGAAAAACAAGGUGGAGGGGUGUCCGGCCGGAGAGUCUGCUGUGACCCCCAGGAAAAGACUCCACUCCGCGGAGGAAGCGCGAUGCAGCAGCCGACCUCCUCCCGAGGGCGCCGGGUCGGUCUCCAUCUCCGAGUCGGAGGAGAAAGGGGGAGGCUGGUGCCAGCAGUGCCACAAGAGGGUCUCUGAGCUGAAGAAGCAGGCGCUGGCUCUGGCUGACCAAAACUCCUUUAAGGAUCCUGGAUAUGCAACCUUUCUGUUUGAACAGCUUCACACACCAGGGAAUCCCGAGCUCGACUGUUGCCAAGUGUGCUCCACGCCUCUCCACCAGCUGAGGCAGGAGGCCCUGCAGACGCUCCAUUCGCCUGUGCUCACCUUCAGCUCAGACAUGGCAGCCAUGCCCGCGACAUCUUYUUUACCGCAGCCUUCCAGAUUCACUGUGUCGUCCUCCGGCGUCCACGCCAAGCAGCUGCUGAAAAGCCAGCCCGCUCCCCACUCCGUCCUGCCUUUAGGGGAGCGGCACAAAGUGCCGGGCUGGUCCCCGAACCCCUCUGCCUCUUCAGGGUCCAAGACCAGUGUUCAGGUAACAGUGGCAGGAGGACAGCUAACUGGAUCACUGAGCACYGUUACCAUCCAGGCACAGCAGUACCUUGACGGAAUGUGGAGCAUCUCUAAAGUCAACAACGUUUUGCCUCAGCCUAAGCCUGCCUGUGGUUUGAUGGGGGAUGCAGGGACUGAUGUCACAGCUUUGGAUGCCUCUGUCACCACCUUGACCUGCAGCAGCAACACCCUGGUGCCCUGUCGACUGAGGGGCUCCAGCCAAGCGGGACUCCCAGCACCCACAACCACCACGUCCACCUCUGCUUCCUCAUCUGCAGCUGCCUCCUUCUUUAUUAGGGCAGCUCAAAAGCUGAACCUCUCCUCAAAGCGGAAGAAACACCAGCCCUCACCGCUCCACCCACAGGAACCCUCCAUCUACCCAACCAAUUUCAGCGGUAUCCUGCAGGUCUCACCACCUCCCGCUCCACCAUGCCUGCUCCGAGCCGUGUCCAAAGUGAAAGAGAACCCAGGGAUGGGAAAGGUAAAAGUGAUGAUGCGGAUCUGUCCAUCUCUAGAGGCUGCAGACUCCUCUGAGUUUCAGUCCUUAUUAAAAGUUGACAGCAGGAAAAAGCAGCUUACCCUCUACGACUCUGCGUCCAGCCCCCACUCCAGCUCAGGGCACAGGCGGUCUGCCACCGUGGCUGUCCCAAAGAUAUUUGCCUUCGAUGCAGUUUUUACCCAGGACGCCUCACAAGCUGAGGUGUGCUCAGGGACAGUAGCUGAGGUCAUCCAGUCGGUGGUGAAUGGUGCAGAYGGCUGCAUCUUCUGCUUCGGUCAAGUCAAGCUUGGCAAGACAUACACCAUGAUUGGCAAAGACAGCUCAACUCAGAGUCUCGGCAUUGUGCCUUGUGCCAUUUCUUGGCUCUUCAAGCUCAUCAACGAGCGAAAGGAGAAGACGGGCACGCGGUUCUCAGUCCGUGUUUCUGCUGUGGAAAUCUUUGGAAAAGAUGAGGAGCUGAAGGAUUUGUUGUCUGAGGUGUCAACAGGCAGCCUGCAGGAAGGCCAGUCUCCAGGAAUCCAUCUGAGGGAGGACCCCAUCUGUGGCACACAGCUUCAGAACCAGAGCGAGCUCCGUGCCCCUACUGCUGAGAAGGCUGCCUUCUUCCUGGACGCAGCCCUCGCUGCACGUAGCACCAGCAGGCCAAACGUUGAUGAGGACGAACGGCGCAACUCCCACAUGCUAUUCACGCUGCACAUUUACCAAUAUCGCAUGGAGAAGAGCGGCAAAGGAGGAAUGUCCGGCGGGCGGAGCAGGCUGCACCUGAUCGACUUGGGAAGCUGUGAAAAGGUCCUGAGCAAAAGCAGAGAUGGAGGCGGAGGCUUGUGUCUCUCCCUGAAUGCACUGGGAAACGUCAUAAUGGCUUUGGCAAAUGGAGCAAAACAUGUACCUUACAAGGACAGCAAACUGACAAUGUUGUUGAGGGAGUCCCUCGGCAACAUCAACUGCAGAACAACCAUGAUUGCCCAUAUUUCCGAUUCCCCAGCCAACUAUGCUGAUUCACUCACUACCAUCCAGCUGGCCUCCCGCAUCCAUCGCAUGAGAAAGAAAAAAUCCAAGUAUGCAUCCAGCUCAUCUGGAGGGGAAAGUUCCUGUGAGGAAGGGAGGGUUCGCCGACCACCCCACUUAAGGCCAUUUCACCCUCGGACUGUGGCCCUGGACCCAGACCUGCCUGCCCUGCUUAGUGACCCCGAAUACUCUUCAAGUAGUGAACAGUCUUGUGAUACUGUUAUUUAUGUGGGCCCUGGGGGAACUGCGAUCUCAGAUAGGGAGCUUAGUGACAAUGAAGGCCCACCUGCCUUUGUUCCAAUUAUCCCCUCCCUGAACAAGAAGAAGUCUGCUAAAGAGGGCCCUCUGGACAGAGAUCAGUUCUUUAAAUGCAACACAUUUGCUGAGCUGCAGGAAAGGCUGGAGUGUAUAGAUGGCAGUGAAGAACCUACUGCCUUUGUUGCAGAGGGCAAGAGAAACCAAGCUAGUCCUAAGACUGACAAAUCUAAGGAGAACCAAGGCUCCAAUUCACCAAAGACUGGGGCGAAUACUUCUAGUAGCCAAGAGGGCAUCUCAAACAAACAAUUUCCCAAACCUGUCUCCAUGCAACCAUCCUGCAGUCCUAGUAUAAAAUCUAAAUUGGAUACUGCCAAGACUCAAUGCAUACCUGAAGAGAGAGAGCCAUCAGAGAACAUUCACAACAUUUGCAGAACCAGUGCUGAUGGUGAAAAAUCCUUGAGCUCUGAAAGCCAGGUCAAUUCAAACAAUGUGACUUCUUCCACAGUGAUAAACUCGGAGCCUGUGGUCCGGGAAAAGGUUUACCCCAACAGGAAGGCCUUGCCAAAUCCAGCACCGCCUCCUUUGCAGCAGAAGGAAAAUGCAGGGAAAGAAGAAAGCUCGGGCACCAGAAUGCCACCUGUGGGAAUGAGCCACCAGGCUGUGAAAAGAAAGGAUCCAUGCAUGUCCCCUUUUUUCAGAGCUCCAGUGGAGGUUUGCCAAGUCCACUCAACCAUGAGGGACAKAAGUAUGGAUCGGGAUAUCCUUCGAGCUACUGUCACUCUGCAGCAGCCUGUGGAGCUGAAUGGAGAGGAUGAGUUAGUGUUCACUGUGGUAGAAGAGCUGUCUAUUGGCAGUAUUAUGGAUAAAGGUCGGCCAUCAAGCAUUAUUAGCUUUAACAGUGACUGCUCACUUCAGGCAUUGGCCUCUGGUUCUCGACCUGUUAGCAUCAUCAGCAGCAUCAAUGAUGAGUUUGAUGCCUACAYGUCAGCUGUUGGAGGAUCUGAAGUCAGCGUUGCUGUGGUCACACCUCUUCAGGAGGGCACAAUAGACAGCAGGGGUUCAUCUAUCAGUUCUUGGCUAAGUGAGGUCAGUGUCUGCACCUUGGAGAGUGAAGGCGCUCAUUCUACAGAUGUUUUCCUUCCACAGGGGAAACCCAUAGGAUCAGAGGCCAACUUUUACUUUGAUUCCCUGGACAUGUUUCAUGGUGCAUUAUCUGCAAGAGAUCCUAUGAACUCCCUAAAUGACAGUGGUUUUGGUUUUUCUGAACAAGAUAGCGACAGUGCCGCCUCGAGCAAGCUAUCGCUGACAAAGUGUCCCCCAUCACCAGAUUCAGCAAAAGGAUCUCUCAGAUUCACAUCCAAAUUAACGAAAGCUCACUCGCUAAGCUCCUCUCCACCUCCACAUGGCCCCUCCAUAAUACACUCCAGUCUUCCCAGGAAGAUUAAACCUACCUCAUCAGUGUCUCACAGUAGCAGCAGCAGCAGCAGCAGCAGCAGUAGAGAUCCACCGAGGCAAGAGGCUAAAAAGGAGGAUCCCUGGCAGCGCAGCAACAACCACUCAGAACCUCAGAUUUCUGACUCCAGCAGCACCAGCAGAUUUCUCCGAAACCCGCCUAGUGGUGUUAUGUUCAGCAAAACACCCAACAACAGCAACAGUGUACCUCGCCCACCUAAGGUACCAGGGUCUACCUCAUCACAGAGAGUGGUUGACGGCUGUGAGAAGUCAGCUACUAAGAAUCCACCCAGCAAAAUGCCCCAGCUGAGACGAGGUGCCACUACCCUGGGAACAGUGCCUGUAAUCCAUUCCUCAACAGACCACAAAAGAACACAAGAUACUAUUGCAUCUGCCUCCAGCCUUAAAUUCUCCUCUCUGGGGAAAAACAACAAGGCUAACUCACAGAAACCAAGCAAUCUCCCUAAACCUGGCUGUGUCUCCCCACCUCCUCCUCCAGUUAGAAAGUCCAGCCUUGAUCACAAGACCAAGAUCCUGCUGCCCCAAAGUGCCUUAAAGUCAGCAUUCGGGGAGGCAGGGAGGACCUCUGGGACAAGGGUAGCUGUAUCAGAGGAUGAACUUGAAAUACAUCAAAAAGGUGACUCUACAAAUUUGAAAACCUCCAGCCUCAACAUAGCCAAAGUUACCUCCAGUCUAAAGGCAAAAGUUUCUAGAGGAGAGGCUGGACUUCAUUAUGGCAGUCAAAUGUCCCUGGAAAAGUGUGAGAGCCUGUCAUUAUCUGGUUCCAGAGCGGCACUUAGUAGGGAGAACAGUGGGGCCAGUCUGGGYAGCAAAUCCAACAAGUCUAUUCCAAGAUUUGGUAUUCCUAAUUCCUCUAGCUCUCCUAUAGCUACCUUCCAAUCAACUCAAAACCAUGGAAAUAUCAGUAAAUCAGGUCAGGUAAAAGCUUCUGUAAAUCCCAGAACRUUAGGAACAGUAAAUGGUAGUAAAGCACGCUCACUGUCAGCCAACAACUCAAAAGGCCUCAGUUCCUCAACAAAAUCUCUGGCGUCUCCUGUGACCAGGAACACCAAUGCCAACCUCCCUCCAUCAGGCCGAACAGCAGCCCCUCGGACUACUGCUCCAGUCUCAAGUAAGCCUGGAAGAGGGACUAUCAUGGGCACCAAGCAGGCAAUCAGGGCUGCAAAUAGUCGUGUGAGUGAGCUUGCGACAGGCAACAUAUCGGGCAAACAUGGGAGAGGUUCAGGAGACUCAGACAGUGGCAACGACAGUGGGGUGAAUGUGAGUGAUGACAAGUCACCCACGGCUAUGCUGCCCUCGCCGUACAGUAAAAUCACCGCUCCGAGACGGCCUCAGCGCUACAGCAGUGGCCACGGCAGUGACAACAGCAGCGUUUUGAGCGGGGAGCUGCCUCCAGCGAUGGGCCGCACAGCUUUGUUCUACCACAGCGGAGGCAGCAGCGGGUAUGAGAGCAUGAUCAGAGACAGUGAAGCCACAGGCAGCGCUUCCUCUGCCCACGACUCCAUGAGUGAAAGCGGCGUGUCGUCUUCAGGCAGAGCAAGGAGCUCCAAGUAUCCCAAGAAAAGAGCUAAUGGAUUUCAGAGAAGAAGGCUGAUCCCAGCACCUCUGCCAGAYACAUCAUCCCUGGGGAAGAAGGUGGGCACAGCAGGCCAGUGGGUCGACUUGCCUCCUAUGUCUGGACCGUUGAAGGAAUCCUUUGAGAUCAAGGUGUACGAGAUCGACGAYGUGGAACGGCUCCAAAGACGGCGUCAAGAGGAAACCACAGAGCCUUUCCAAGAUGUUGACAAGGGCCUGCUGUAUUUUAACAGUAAGUUGAAGAUUUUGGAGAGAAGGCAACAGCAAGUGAGAGAACUGAGAGGGAAGCAUCAAGUGUUGCUGGAGGAGUUGGAGGACACAAAAGUGCGRCUGAUGAUGGAUCCCAGCAAGUGGCUUGGAGAAUUUGAAGUGGACCCGACUUUGGACAAAGAGUCUCCAGAGUACCUGGAGGCGUUGGCUCAGGCCACAGAGGAGCUAGAGUUUUGCGUCAACCUGUGCAAGUCUCGAGUCAUGAUGGUGACCUGUUUUGAUAUUAGCAUGCCAUCAACAUGCGUCACUCAAGAGGGACGACUGCGCGAGGUCGAAGUCUGAGGACAAACAGGAAGUGGAAGUGGGAAAGGAAGAGAAAGUGAGAAGACAGAGGAAGAAGAAAUGUAGCAGUCAGUUUAUGGGUUUUGCUGUAACGGAGAACAACAGAGCAGAGCGGAGCUUUACGUAAAAACAGACGAAAUCAUCACCACUGAGCUGCAGCGCCUCGUUGUCUCUAGGACACGGCAGAGAAAUGAAGCGUGAGCACAAUGCUGUUGUUGUGGCAACGCAGUGAUGAACAACGCCCGGAAGUGCCUUUUUUAUUGUUUAGUUUGACUCACUAUUUUUCAUAUGGUGCAGGCCUAAACCUGAACAUGUUUCUUUUUUAAAAAAAAAAUUAUAUUGCAUUGUAUAGUGUAUUUAAAUAAAUGUGUGGCGUGUAUAAUUUUUCUUUCGAGGGGGAAAAAAAGAAGAAAAAAGUUAGCAAUAAGCUAAUGUUACUGCGCUCUCAGACUUUGCCUUUUUUCUUGUUUCAAACCUCAAACAGCAUUUUAUCCAUGUUCACUCAGCCUCUUGCGCCUUAAGUUAAAAACGUCUGGUUAUGUCGUUUUUUUUUAAAUUUUCAUUUUUAUUUUUUUGAAUUUUGAAACUGAACUAUAAUUUCAUCAAGUUGCAUUUGCUGUUUCCUCUCCUGCCAGCCGGUCUGUAAAAGUUGGCAAGGUAGAAUAAAUACGUUUCCCUCCAGUUGCCUUGAUCGAAAUGGGUGUUUGUGGAUUCUCUACGGUGGAGAAUAAUUUCUGAGGACAGGAAUGUUUAUUCAAGUUACCCAUCUCACUGGAACUGAGAGAUGAAGCCAAAACAAUCAAAGGGUCACUGUGAUGGAUGAGGAGGGAUUAUUUUUGAUUCAGCCAUUUUUUCUGGUGCCUCAGUAGGUGGUCAUGCAAACCAGAGAGAUUUCCUUAAACUCACCUGUGACAGCAGUUUGAUGAAUGGUUACUGUGAAGAGGGGCUCAUCAGUGAAUGGGGUUGGACUGGGAGCUUUCUCUGCAUUGUAAGACAAACAGAUGAGACAACAUCAGCCUGACAGCCUUUUUUUAUACAGUACUUUUCCCCAAGUGCUGCCAAACCUUGGUUCUAUGCAUCCUAAUACAUUUAUACUGCAAGUACUUUGAGAAAUUCAGUACUUGGGGGUAAAAAACACACAUACACACACUUUUGAACACAUUUACCCCAACUUGGCAUAUCAGCAACAUUGAUUUUACAUCUCAGACAAAGCCUCAUGAAUUGUUAGUUUUCCACGAAAGCAUGAAUUCAAACAGCGACACAAAGAAGACAAAACUGAUAGGUGAUGAUUGUUCAGAAAAGAAAAAAAAUGCUUGUGAUGUACAUUGGUGUGUUUGGUUUCUUUUUCUACGAUAAUGACUUUGUUUUGUUUGUGUUACAAAGAUGUAUUCUCUCAGGCCGUCUCUGACAAUGCUGCAUGAGGUUUUUUAAUCAUUUUUAAGGAUGAUUUUUACUCCCAUUUUUUUACCAUUCUAAUUUUUUACAACAAUUUAAGUUUUCACUGAUGUAGGAUUAGGCUCAUGAAGUGAAAUAAUGUUACCAAGACCUUUUCCCCCCACCAAAAAAAAGAUCAUGUUUCAUAUCUAAACCCAUAUUUUCUAAUAUCUUUGUUUUUGUAUAGGAUUUUUUCAAACCUUGUGUAAAAUGUAUUAUAUGGCAGCUUGUGUUUUCUUUUACAGCACCUGUGAAUAAAAUGUUUCUUCUUA